CAGAGAGGAUUUAUUGUUGAUUCAAAGGAGAGGCAACCUCUUGUCCCCCAGUUAUGGCUCACUGGAGUCCUUCACUUCUCCUUGGCUACAUCGUCUUUUGGAGCAUUAUUUGUCUCUGUGUUGCUUUUCCAACAGGAGCCCCAGCAUCAGCCUGUGAGAAUAUGAUGCCUGUGCAUACGGGGGUCCAGCCCCAGGCAAGUCCAGCCCCCUAUGAGAUCCAGGUGGACGCAUCUUCCUUCGUGAACAGGCAGCCAAUUAAUGUUCAGGUUGUAGGGCCGGGAUACAGAGGCCUGUUGCUGGAAGCUCGCACCUUUGGCUCCACUGCUGCACUUGGCAGAAUCCUGCCAAUAACACUAAGUUCCUACAGUGCUCUGGAAACCCGAAAGGUGCAAUUACUCAUUCUAACACCGAGUUCAAAACAAGCCUGGCCACUUAUACCUGGCUGCCUCCAACCUCUGGUUGCCCUUCCAUUAUUACAUUCAUGGCAACGGUAGCACAGUCUCAUGAAAUUUAUUGGCUUGGUGUCAAAUCCAAAGUGAUCUGGAGAGAUUCUAAAGUUACAUGUGGUGCUGAGAAGUUUACAUGGACAGUUGUUAUUGUGACAAUGAUGUCUUUCCACUUAAUAUAAGUAGCCAGGC